UCGAAGGGUCCGGGUGGGCGCCGCGGCGCGGGACGGUGAUUCCGCCUUGGCGCGUGGCUCCGUGUUCAGCGCGCCGCGGGAGGAGGCUGCACGCAAACAGUCGCGCGCACAGGCGCACACACACUCGCACGACGCAGCGGCUGAUGUUUUCUUUGCAGAAAACGGUGACUGCGGGAGGUAUCCGACCAGAAUAGUCAGUCAGUGGGGACACGACGGGAAACGCUGCUCGCCUCUGAGACUCUUGACUCGUCCCUCACCCGGUGUCAGUGUUGAGAAACGCAGUCAGUGUGACACACAAACACACAGUGAGAGCGCUUAGCCGAAGCGAAGCCGCCGAGUACACGAAUGGCGACUACCGGCGGCGUGAGCGCGCCGGACGCGACCGACUCCGAGCUCAUCGACAUCUACGGCGAGGACGUGAAGGAGAGCAGCGAGCAGGACGGCGAGUUCGAAGAGCGGUUGGAGUCCACCGAUCUCUAUGACGACGUGCUGACCGGCUCCGUGAACCUGGACGGACUCUCGGGAAGCGACCCCAGCAAGGCACGGGCGCCAAAGUCGGAGAGUAAGCCGGCGAUCCUCUACACGUACAGCGGGGGGCGGAGCAAGAAGCUGGCUGUGUAUGUAGGCAACUUCUCUUGGUGGACCACGGACACGGAUCUGAUCAACCUGGCCCGUCGGAUCGGGGUAAAGGACAUCGAGGAGAUUAAGUUUGCAGAGAACAGGGCCAACGGUCAGUCCAGAGGGUACGCCGAGGUGGUCGUGUCCUCGGAGGCCUCCUUGCAGCGGUUGUUGGACUCCCUGCCGCAGUGCCAUGUCAACGGCGAGAAGGUGGACUGCCGCUUCGCCACCCGCCACAACUUCUCCCUCUUCGAGGCGCAGGCGAAAAAACGGGUCCCACAGCGGUCAAAUUCACGAGAGUCCUCAGAUUUUGGAGAUGGACGUCCACCUGCGUCCUCCCUGGAGCAUCACAACCCUUCUGUGCCCCACAUCCACCCUCCCCACCCUCAUCCUAACAAGCCGUCCUUGCCUACCCACUUCUACGCCCGGCCCCCGCAUUUUGGGGCCGAUGCGCCUUCCAUAUUCUCUUUCCCACCUCCCCAUAUACCCCCUCCACCUCUGCCUCAGAUCUACCCCCCAACAGCCCCUCACCUCCCCAGCCAGCCAGCACCCACCUUACAUCUGAACCCUGCCUUCUUUCCAGCCUCGCAGGAGAGCUUUGCCAACGCAGCCUAUGGCCACAGUGUCAGGGAGAGCGACAUGUCCUCGUCUCCGUUGCCGGAUGGCGACUCUGAGGAGCUCAUGAGCAGGAACAGGGCCAUCGCUAGCGGCGCCAUCACCAAGGCCGUGUCCGGGGCUGCUGCAGGUGACUUCCCCACAGCCAUCGAGACCCUGUUGACAGCCAUCGCGGUCAUCAAGCAGUCCCGGGUGUCCGGAGACGAGUGCUGUCGAGCUUUGGUGACCUCCCUGAAGGACUGUCUCUUCUCCAUUGACCGCAAGUCCUGCGGAUCGAGGAAGCGGCAUCAUGACAGGGAGCGGGACAGAGAGACACCCCACAACCAGGCCUGGGAGGUAGGCGAGGGGUCUUGGAGACACAGAGAUCGCUCAACCAGCCGGGAGAGAGAGCACCCCCGCGAGAGGGAGCGCGACAGACACAGAGAUUACAGAGAGCACCAUCACUAGUGUCUUCUCUUUCAUUCCAUAUCUGUACCAAGCCUAUCACUCCCUUCCCUGUUCCAUUGGAGGGCAUAAUCCCUGACCCCUGAUGCCAACCCAAGGGCUCAAGGACACUUCUCUUCCCUUCAGGACAUUUCAGGCCUGCUGGCAAGGAGGAGAAGGAACAGAUACCUUCCCACACCAAGCUGCUGUAGAACCUGGGGUUUUAGGAAGAAUGUUGGGACAGGAAACUUCCUGUGAGAGAACAAGCGACAGCAAGAAACAGGACUCCAGGUUGUUGUUGAAGGUGUCUAGCUUCCCUGUAACGUCCUAAGAUACCAGAGCUUGGGGUCCGGUCUGUCCUGAAGGGCACCCACCUUCGCCAGCUCCACAGUGUUGCGUAGACUCAACCUUAUCUGUGCGUUUCACGCGUUAUGCUGAUGUUUUGGCAUCUUUCGCAGAAAGCCUUUUUUAUUAAUGUUGUUUUGUAAUUUAAUUUAACGGAGGCCGUUGAGCUCUGCGGUGGGGGGCUGUGACUGUUUGCCACAGCCCAAAAGCCCAAAGUUUGCUUCCCCCCCCAUACAUUGUUCCGUGUUCUUGCCUUGUGUUUUUUUUAUUUUUAACUAAGAAAUAAAAGAAAUUCUCC